GGCGAGGCUUUCCGCGUCGUUUUCCGCCAUCUUUAGUUGACGGAUUCGAGGCAAGAAAGGUGAACAGCUCCGUACGGGGAAGAGAUAGGUGAAUUAAAGCGUCGGGGGCAAUCGAGAAUUUGCUGGAUCGAGCGUGAGGUAGUGAGUCAUUCGUGUCUUGAUUCGAGCACGAUUCACGAAGUCGCCUUCGGUCGAUCGCUGUACGGUGUGGAUAGACUCUCCCGUAGGAGCCAUGAGUUAUCAAAUGCCUUCGAAUCAAUCCAGACCAAUGUCUCACGGGAAUUAUCAAGGUUUGGGUGAUCUACCCAUGGGCUCUGCCAAAGAACAAACUUUGAUGUGGCAACAGAAUUCAUACAUGGGUGAUUCAGGAAUACAUUCUGGUGCUGUCACCCAGGCACCAUCUCUGUCAGGCAAGGAAGACGACGAGAUGGAGGGUGAUCAGCUAAUGUUUGAUUUGGAUCAAGGAUUUGCUCAGGGAUUCACUCAAGAUCAGGUCGACGAAAUGAAUCAACAAUUGAAUCAUACAAGAUCUCAACGAGUUCGUGCAGCUAUGUUUCCUGAAACAUUAGAGGAGGGUAUAGAAAUCCCUUCGACGCAAUAUGACCCAGCUCAACCUACAGCUGUUCAAAGAUUGGCAGAACCAAGUCAAAUGUUGAAGCAUGCGGUUGUCAAUUUGAUAAACUAUCAAGAUGAUGCAGAUCUUGCAACACGUGCAAUACCAGAAUUAAUAAAAUUACUAAAUGACGAGGACCAAGUUGUUGUGUCUAAGGCGGCAAUGGUAGUUCAUCAACUUUCUAAGAAGGAAGCAUCUCGUCAUGCUAUCAUGAACAGUUCACAAAUGGUUGCCGCUUUAGUUCGUGCCAUUUCAAACAGUGACGAUCUCGAGUCGACAAAAGCUGCAGUUGGUACAUUGCAUAAUUUAUCUCAUCACAGACAAGGUCUUCUGGCUAUUUUCAAAAGCGGAGGUAUACCCGCUCUUGUGAAACUUUUGAGUUCACCAAUGGAAUCGGUGUUGUUUUACGCUAUCACGACUCUUCAUAAUUUACUUUUACAUCAGGAUGGUUCUAAAAUGGCAGUACGACUUGCUGGAGGACUGCAGAAAAUGGUUGCUCUGCUGCAGCGUGAUAAUGUCAAAUUUUUAGCUAUAGUAACCGACUGCUUGCAAAUUCUUGCAUAUGGUAAUCAAGAGAGCAAAUUAAUUAUAUUAGCUUCUCAAGGGCCAAUAGAAUUGGUACGCAUAAUGCGUUCUUACGAUUACGAGAAGCUUCUGUGGACGACUUCGAGAGCCUUGAAAGUAUUGUCGGUUUGUCUUAGUAAUAAACCAGUGAUAGUCGAGGCUGGUGGUAUGCAAGCACUUGCUAUGCAUCUCGGUAAUCCAAGCCAGAGACUCGUCCAGAAUUGUUUGUGGACGUUACGAAAUUUAUCGGAUGCUGGAACCAAAGUCGACGGAUUGGAAGGUUUAUUACAGAGUCUUGUACAAGUUCUUAGCUCUACCGACGUCAAUGUCGUCACAUGUGCUGCUGGCAUCUUGUCGAAUUUGACUUGCAAUAAUCAACGUAACAAAGUAACAGUAUGUCAAGUAGGCGGUGUAGAUGCUCUUGUACGUACGAUCAUUUAUGCAGACAGUCGGGAAGAGAUCAGCGAGCCAGCAGUAUGUGCGCUCCGUCACUUAACGUCACGUCACGUAGAAGCUGAAAUGGCACAGAAUUCGGUCCGCCUAAAUUAUGGAAUACAAGUGAUAGUGAAACUAUUACACCCGCCUUCGCGUUGGCCAUUGGUUAAAGCAGUAAUAGGAUUAAUUCGCAACUUGGCGCUUUGUCCAGCAAAUCACGGCCCGCUUCGUGAUCACGGCGCAAUUCAUCAUCUGGUCAGGCUUCUGAUGCGUGCUUUCCCUGAGACACAACGGCAGCAACGUUCAUCCGUGGCAAGCACUGGAAGUCAGCAGACAUCAGGAGCAUAUGCGGAUGGUGGUGUUCGAAUGGAGGAGAUAGUGGAAGGUACUGUGGGAGCGCUCCAUAUUCUUGCAAGGGAGUCACACAAUAGGGUCAUUAUCAGAUCUCAGAACGUAAUUCCGAUCUUCGUGCAGUUGCUAUUUAACGAGAUUGAAAACAUUCAACGCGUCGCAGCUGGUGUACUUUGCGAACUCGCCGCGGAUAAAGAAGGUGCCGAAAUGAUCGAACAAGAAGGUGCUACUGCUCCUUUAACGGAGUUGCUUCACUCUAGGAAUGAAGGUGUCGCGACCUAUGCGGCAGCCGUUUUGUUCCGCAUGAGCGAAGAUAAACCACAGGAAUAUAAGAAACGACUUUCCAUGGAACUUACCAACUCUCUGUUACGCGAGGAUACAAAUCUUUGGAAUAACGCUGACUUUGGGAUGGGUCCAGAUUUACAGGACAUGCUUGGCCCUGAUCAAGGCUAUGACGGUAUGUAUGGACAAGGACCCCCUAGUGUACACAGCAGCCACGGAGGCCGAGGUUAUCAACCGCAAGGUUAUGACCAGAUACCAGUAGAUUCGAUGCAAGGGUUGGAAAUAGGUGGAGGGUCGACAUAUGGCGCGAUGGACACUAUGGACGUGGCGCACGAGGGUGACCUGAGUUUCGAUCAUUUAGGAGAGCUUCCUGCACCGCCGCAAGAUAAUAAUCAGGUUGCAGCUUGGUACGACACCGAUCUCUGAAACUGUGCCAGCAUCGUAUCUCGCCAGAGAAACGGAUUCGUGAGGCUCUUAAGUAAUUUCAAUACGGACUAGUAUUGAAAUUACUAGCUUUGAGACUAGUAUUGAAAUUACUAUUACUAGAAAUUACUCGUUUCGGGAUUCGCGAUACAAAUAGGCGAUCGUUUUGUGCGAUUCGAUAGUUCCGAAAAUUUUGCGUGAAAUCUAUGAUACGAUUGUUGCUCGAGUAUUGAAUGUCGGAUGAGAUCAAUGACUGUUGAAUGAACGAUAAUGAUCUAUCGUAUAAUAUCUAUGUAUGUCUAUUAAGCUAGACAUUUUUGUCUAAAUUUUUUAAGAUCGCUUGUUUGAUACUACCCAAUACUAUUUGAUGUUGUAUAUUACUUAAGUAGUAUUGUAUCAUAGAUUUCUUUUGAAAUUCAUAAAAUUAUUGAAUCGUAGAUGACGAUCACCUAUUUAUACCCUUAACUUCGAAACGAUAGUAUCAUUCUCGAGUAUCAGUGAAUUACAAUCAAGUAUAAAUAUAAAUGAAUAUCAAUGAACUUUCGCAUUACGUAUUUUACAGGGUAGUUAUACUUAAUUUUUAUUAUUAUCAUUAACGUAGCUACGCAAUCGUGGCGGUACUUUGCCUCAUUCGAUGCUUUGUACGCGCCUCUGAUCGCUGUCGAUGUAUUAGACCUAAGUGAGAGACACGUAAUUCAUACACACCAUGUAUAUGUAUCAUUUAAUUGUUCAUACGAAUAAACUGAACGAUUAAGUAUUCAAA